AGCAGACUUUUCCAUGAGCAGCUUCUCUUGAGCUGGAGCCGAGCUGCUUUUGGAAAUUCGACUCCGUGGGGCUCGGAGCAGGGAAGAGCUGGCCUCGGAAACCAUGGGAGAGCCGUGGAGCGUCCGGCGGGAAUGAACGGCUCCCUUCCCGCUGUGGCAUGUCCUUCUGACUGGGCUUUUUCCAGGGAAUCUCCCCUGCGCAGGCAUUGGCUUCUGUAGGGAGCUGGGGAGGGUGCCAGGGGCUGUAUGUAGGGUGCCUGCCUGUACCACAGCCUGAAAAGGCUCUGUGCAACGCGAGAUGGAAGAGGCGAGCACUGAAGACCUGGGUCCAGGUGAAAGACAGCAGUGUAACAGGAGGAUGGGGAGAAAAGGAGCGUGGGGAUGCGCCGAUCCUGCUGCCAGCAGCAAUGGGCUGGCUUGGAGACGAGUGGAAAAGCCAGUGUCAGGAGACAGUGUCAGGAGAGAGCAUGGCUGGCUGUCAUGUUUCUCACAGACACACCCUGAAAAAGGUCAGAGUUUGAGCAGGGAUAAGGUUUGAGGUCUGAGGGAGAAGGAUGGACACUUACAGCGGAGCUGUGGAAAUGCUUGCUGUGGCAGCAGGAGGAAGAAAGCCCCAGUGAAAGAGUUGUAAGGAACCACGUAAUUCCUGUAACUGUAGCAAUCUAAACCCAGUGCACUUGCUGAAAGGUGCUGACUCCCACAGCCUUGGCUAAAAAUUACUUAAAUCAGCAUGUGUUUCCUAAUGCAUGAGAAGCUGCUCACCACAGGCUUGCUGCUUCUGCACCCUGAUGCAUCCCACACCAGCUUCUGCCGAGCUCCUCUGCCUUUGCGCUGCUGCUAUUUUUGUUACUGUGGAGGCCUGAGGAGCAAAUAUUAUGGGGCUCAAAUCCCCCUUUUUAUGGUUCUUGUAGAAAUCCCAGCUGUGUCUCAAGGCACCGGCUCUGUGGGAAGAAGCGAUGACACAUGUGAUGGCCCUUCUUUCAUUCUUGUGCCCCUCCUCUGGCAGCACAAAAGCAAUAGUCAUCCUCGAGGGUCUGAUGCUGGGUGAAUGGCAAUCUGCCUGGUUUUAGGUGUGCAGCUCACUGCCGUGAUCCAGUUUUGCCUUCUCACAGGAUUCUCACCACUUCUCAAGGCAUUGAUCAGUAGCCCUGAUGAAGCCUUUCAUGCUCAGGGAUCCUGCAGGGCCAAGGGAUCUCACAGCUGGGCACUGUGAAGCUGUGGACUGUGCAAUUUGGUGUUACCAUUGAGAUGAGUUGGGUGCCACCACUACAAUGAUGUAGCCUCCUGGCCACCUCCUCCUGCAUUUCUCUUUGUGCUACCAUCUGUGCCUGUCUCACCCUGCAGUGGAGCAAAACCAGCUGUGGGAGCUAAACCAAUCACAACGUGUCUUGUGGUAGAACAAGCCCUGAUGGGAACAAGAAUGCUCAGGAUGCCCAACUGCCUGCUUAAACUGACCAGGCUGGUGCUGAGCCACAAGCUGAGGGCCCUCUUCAUCCUCACCUUUAAGUUCAUGUCCUUUGUCUCCAUCCUGUUGUACUGGAGAAUCACGGAGGACACUAAGGUCAGAGACCAAGUCUACAGCUUGCCUACUGAAAUCCACUGUGCUCACUCUGUGUCAUCUCCCCCCCGCGCCAUUGCUGAUGGGCCUCCUCCUCCACCUGGGGAUGUUUUUUUUGUGGAGACCUCUGAGCGAACCAACCCAAAUGACCUUUUCACAUGCUCUGUGGAGUCAGCUGCACGGACACACCCUGGGACAAGGGUCGUGGUGCUCAUGAAAGGCUUGGCCAAAAGAAAUGCCUCAUUACCCAACCACUGGGGCUUCUCAUUGCUGAGCUGCUUCCCCAAUGUGGAAAUCCAGCCCUUGGAUUUGCCAGAGCUUUUCUCUGGGACACCUCUGGCAAAGUGGUACGCGCAGGCUCAGCAGCGCUGGGAGCCUUAUUUCUUCCCCAUCCUGUCUGAUGCCUGCAGAAUUGCCAUCAUGUGGAAAUUUGGUGGCAUCUACCUGGACACAGACUUCAUUGUGCUUAAGAACUUAAAGAACCUCACCAAUGUGCUUGGUACCCAGUCCAAGUAUGUAUUGAAUGGGGCCUUUCUGUCCUUUACACCCAGACACAAGUUCAUAGAGCUUUGCAUGCAGGACUUUGUGGAGAACUACAACAGCUGGAUCUGGGGACAUCAAGGCCCACAGCUCCUAACACGUGUCUUCAAGAAGUGGUGCUCCAUCAGGAGUCUUCGGAGCAGUAAGAGCUGCAAAGGUGUAAGUACUCUUCCCCGGGAGGCUUUUUAUCCCAUUCGGUGGCAGGACUGGAAGAAAUACUUUGAAGUGGUCAGCUCCUCAGAGCUUCAGGAACUCCUAAAGAACACCUAUGCGGUGCAUGUAUGGAACAAGAAGAGCCAAGGGACAAGGCUAGAGAUCACAUCACAGGCAUUGCUGGCUCAGUUGCAUUCUCACUUCUGCCCUGCCACGUAUGAUAUCUUGAAGAUGGAUUCUGAACGGCAGUGACUCCAAGGAUCAGCUAAGAGAAGUUGCCUGGGAGUCCCUAUCCUUUGAGCUGUUCUAUCACAGAUGAACCCUCUUUUGAAGAGAGGCAGUGGGAGUUCAGGAGAAAAGCUAUUUGUGGGGUGUAGGUGGAGCCCAUGGUUUCAGACCAUCUGUGCAGCCCUUUUUCUUGGCGUUAACAACAUUUUGGUCCUCUGCAGGACCUUUCUUCUGCUCUGCUUGAUCUGGUGGAGAAAUGUCAGGAGGGAAGUGAGUGCUGGUUCACUUGUGGCAGCUCCUUCCUUUCUCAAAGGUCUAAGAUCCCUUGCUAUGUCUUUAAAUCUGGAAGGGGCCUUUGUAGAAAUGUGUAUCUCAUCCUCUGACACUGACUCUCAAAGCACCAAAAGGAUGGGAGAACAAAGAACAAGAACUGAAGAAGUUAAGGGUGUGCUAGAGGUGUCCUGAAAAAAAAAAAAAAAAAAAAAAAAAGAAAACUAAGGAACAAAAGAAACAAAGGGGAAAUGGCUAAAGCAACUUCGCUUCACUUUGCUUCGCUUCACUUUCCUUUCACUUUUGAAUGCUUGGGUGUAAGGGACUUUUCAUCUGUGGUUUGAGCAGAGAACAGAUCAGUGGAUCCUCUGUUCAGUGUCAGAUCCCAGUACUUGCUUGGAAAUUUGGUGUGAAUCAGAACAAGAGGAUCUGAGGCUAGUUAAUCAUUUAUAAAGAGCUCUUGCACAACAACGUUUUAUUUUAUAUUAAUGGCAAAUUAACACCCUGUGAUGAGCUCUUCCAAAUCACACCUUAAAUUUCAUGUGACACAGGGAGAACUGAACUCUCUUAUACAGUGGGUUAUAAGUGUGAUCAAAUGUCCAUUACAGCGUCUAGUAUCUUUCAGCACUUGGACUGAUUCUACAGGAAAGAAGUGAUAUUUCUAAAUAUUCCUAAGACUAGAGAGUUUGGUAGGAAACGUAUACUGUCUAAAUGCAAGUCAAGGAACCGAGCCAUUUAUGGUGGACGUCUUCAAGUAGCCUGGAGCACUCCUGUUAUUCACUGUGCAGGAGUGGAGUCUCUCCUGGGGAGGUCUUGAGAAGUGCAGUGAAAAGAUCUACUCUUCUCCUGCUCCACAGUUCGUCAGUAGCGCUACGUUUUCCUGCCUUCUCUACAGCAGAUGCUCUAUCCCCUCAAGCCUCUCAUUGGUUUCUCUUCUACAGUUUGCCAAGCUAAAAUUUAUUUACAGGAUUCAACAGGCUAUGUUUUGGAGGGUUAGAGAAACAGGCUCUGAUGGGAACAAGGAUGCCCAAAUGCGUGAUAAAACUGACCCAGCUGCUGCUGAGCCACAAGCUGAGGGCUCUCUUCAUCCUCACCUUUAAGUUCAUGUCCUUUGUCUCCAUCCUGUUGUACUAGAAAAUCACAGAAGACUCUAAGAUCUGGAUCAAGUCUACAGCUUGCAUUCAUAUGGAAAUUUGGUGGCAUCUACCUGAACAGAUUUCAUUGUGCUUAAGAACUUAAAGAACCUCACCAAUAUGCUUGGUACCAAGUCCAAAUAUGUAUUGAAUCAGGCCUUUCUGUCCAUUAUGCCCAUACACAAGUUCAUAGAGUUUUGCAUGCAGGACUUUGUGGAGAACUACAAUAGUUGGAUCUGGGGGCAUCAAGGCCCACAGUUCCUAAUGUGUGCCUUCAAGAAGUGGGAGCUGAAGAGAAAAGCUAUUUGUGGGGUGUAGGUGGAGCCCAUGGUUUCAGACCAUCUGUGCAGCCCUUUUUCUUGGCGUUAACAACAUUUUGGUCCUCUGCAGGACCUUUCUUCUGCUCUGCUUGAUCUGGUGGAGAAAUGUCAGGAGGGAAGUGAGUGCUGGUUCACUUGUGGCAGCUCCUUCCUUUCUCAAAGGUCUAAGAUCCCUUGCUAUGUCUUUAAAUCUGGAAGGGGCCUUUGUAGAAAUGUGUAUCUCAUCCUCUGACACUGAUUCUCAAAGCACCAAAAGGAUGGGAGAACAAAGAACAAGAACUGAAGAAGUUAAGGGUGUUCUAGAGGAAGUGUUCUGAAAAAAAAAUGUAAAAGAAAAAAGAGG